AGAUGCAGAAGAAGAAUUAGGGUCGGGUUGCCGCUGACACUUUCGACCCGAUUUUUUUAUCUGUUUACUUCUUGACAAUAACAGAAAACCUAAAUCCCAAAUCCUUAAACCCUUUCCUUACCACAAUCGCAAGCUCCAACCAGAAAAAAAAAAAUCGCAGCUUUAAUGGGUUGUUUAAUCCGAGCUUCUCAAAACGUGAUUCGCCUUCGUUCUUCUCAUUCUCCUUCCUCUUCACCCACAAUCCAAUUGUAUAGCUUUCUUCACCACUCCACUCUUCCUCUCCUUUCGCCAAAACCUACAUCAACCCGUACGGGCAUAUCAGAGUCUCUUCCUAGAUCUCCCAUCGAUGCUAACAUCGUUAGAAUCCUCCGCAACGAGAUCCAGUACCAACCCGGGUACGCUCCUAUACAUGAGCCUGCUACGAAAUUCAAAUCAUUUACGGUACAAGAUCGACCGGGUGAGCAAUGGAUUACAAUGAGAGGAAAAUUUGGUGAUGAUGAAGAAGUUAAGAUUGAAGUUACCAUGUUUGAUGGCUAUGAACUUUGUCCCAAGCAUGACGGUGAUGGGGAAGAUGUGAUUUUACGCCUCAGUGUACUUGUUGGUAUUUCUAAAGGAGAUAGUUCUGAUGAUUUGGAGUUCGUAUGUUCAGCAUGGCCUGACAAUUUUGAAGUUCGGCAUGUUUAUUCACUUCCCCGUGAUCGGAAGCUAGCUAGGCUGCCUUAUUUGGGACCGGAUAUCAGGGGAUUAAAUAAGAAUUUUCAGAAGACAUUUCGAAACUACUUAGGAGCGAGGGGAAUUGAUGAUGAGCUUUCUUUUUUCUUACAUGAUUAUAUGAUGAACAAAGAUAGGAUUGAACUUGUACAAUGGUUGACAACUGUUAAGUCUUAUGUAGAAAAAUAAGGUGAAAAACUUUGACUGUCAUAUGUGAGAUCUCUUAAUAAUUUUCAAUAAUGUCAAUGAUUGAGAACAAUUUUGAACGCUUAAAUACAUGUUUUCUAAGGAAGCAUAAAUACAUGUUAUUACACAUGUAAGCAUCGGUUAGAAUACACGACAGCCAUUUAAGAAUGAAAUAUCAGUUUCUAAUUAGCAAAUUUGUACACUGUUACUGCAAGAAAGUUUAAGAGAAACAGACUAUUUUGUAAGUUUAGGCUGUUUAGCCUCUGUAUCUGUGCUUUACCUUGUAUACUUUUGACAUAUGUAAUUUUGAGCGGUAGAAAUAUGUAUUUUUGUGAGUCUACGUUCA